GAGAGACACACUCAGGCAGCAGCAGCUCGGCAGAGUCAGAGCUGCGGAAUCGGCUGAAGUCCACACCGUUUACCCGUCAUGGAAAAUCUACAUUUAAAGGAUUUCUUCUGGAACAUUGAUCUGACCUGCACUGGUGGCUAUGAUACCAUCAUUCAGUAUCUCAAUGAUGGCAGGAGGACAUGCAAGGAGCUGGAGGACUUCAUGAAAGCUAGGGCCUCAAUUGAGGAGAAAUACGCCAAAGACCUCAUUGGUUUGUCCAAGAAGGUGUGCGGACACAAUGAGAUGAACACAUUAAAAAGAUCCCUGGAUGUGUUCAAGUUGCAAACUGAACGUGUGAGCCUGUCACACCUACACCUGGCACAGAGCAUGAGAGAGGAGGCCAAAAAACUGGAAGACUUUAGAGAAAAGCAGAAAGAAGCGAGGAAAAGGAUUGAACAACAUAUCGACACGCUCCACAAACAGAAGUCUGCACAGUUCAAGAAGGCAAUGGAUUCAAAGAAGGUGUACGAGCAGAAGUGCAGAGACAAAGAAGAGGCCGAUCAGAACGUAAACAGAAGCACCAACAACCCCAAGCAUAUGGACAAGCUCUGCUCCAAAGCACAGCAGGCAAAACAGAACGCAGAGGAAGCAGACAGAUUAUACCAGCAGAACGUGACCACGCUGGGAAAGAUUAGAGACGAGUGGCUGAAAGAACACAUCAAAGCGUGUGAGGUGUUUGAGAAGCAGUCGGUCGAGCGCAUCAACUUUCUGAGAAACGCCGUCUGGACUCACCUGAACCAGCUCUCGCAGCAGUGUGUGACCAGCGAUGAGCUGUACGAGGAAGUGAGAAAGUCACUUGAACAGUGCGACGUCCAGGAAGACAUCGGACACUUUAUAAACCUCAGGAGGACCGGAGAUAAACCACCAGCUCCGGUUUUGUAUGAGAAUUUCUACAUUGGUCUGAGGUCUCCAACUGGAGCUCCGCCCACUCGACUGCCUCCACUGAUCCUCAGGAGGGGGCCGUUACCUGAGCCUGCACAAGGCAGUGGGGAUGAUGUGAUGUACUCCACGGUGCAGGACACAGGCUACAGUGUUAUCCAGUACUGAUGCACAGAUUGGCUGCAGCAGCUACUGUACACGUUCCUUGUGCGGCGCUGGAGCUUUGGAACGGACAUGAACUUUAUCAUGACUACUUCCUUCUUUUCUUUUUUGUUUCCCUGUAAAGACAAGAUCUUAGUAGGUUGGAAAAAAACCGAGUGUCAUAAUUGUGUAUGCCUACAUAGUUUGGGUGGGGCAUUUUAAACAUACACUAUAUCACUGUGUUGUAAACAGUACAGAAUUGGCGUUUUAUGCAAUUAUAAAGUUCUUCUAACUCAGGUACUCUCUGCUCUCCACAUAUGAAGCCAGUUUAUUAUCAGGAGGCUCUAAUCUUAAUUUAUUCCCAGUAAGACACUGCCUUUUGCUUGCUUUUUUUCAUUUCCUCUUUUAAGUAUGAGAGUGUUAGUUGGCUUCACAUGCAGACUUACCUCUGUGACCGCCUUAUCUGUAGAUUUACGAGUGGAACAAUGGACUCGUUUCCGUUGGAUUUUAAGAGAGAUGAGGAUGUUUCUAAACGCUGGUGGAGGGUCUUUGACUGGAAUUUUUGCACUUUUAUUUCACUUAAUUUAUAACGUGUCAUUAAUUAAAUGGGUUACAUCAUUCAGCCAAA